AUGGGUGACAAGGACGAGGAUCUCCACAGCGAACUGGACAAGAUGGAGGCAUUGCUUAGCUACUGGUCUGCGGUGACGAACGAUGACCGUAAGCUCAGCAAGUUCGAUCUUGGCUGCCUGGAGAGUAUGAUAUUCUCUUGGUCCAUCGAGGAUAUCUUCAACAGGGACCUCCUCAGGCAGAAGUGCCUCCGUAUGGAAGUAAAUGAUACUAAUCAUGAGGAACAUUGGAACAAAUGGAGCAGCACCGGCAUUGUUGAUCUCGUGUGGCAGUAUAAGCCAAGGGUUGUUGAAGAUGGAAGCUUAUCCUCCUCUCAUAGACCAAUUGAUGGCCUUGGCCUUGAGAAAUUCAACCUCAAUGAUUCACAGUUGGAUGCAGUAGCAGAUUGUGUCUCAGCAGUGGAUAAUGGCUCGCUUGUUGGGGAGUCAGAUGGCAACAUAUGCUUCCUGAAUGACAUUAUCCUUUUUGGUAACAAAGAGAAGAUGAAAAUUGAUAAUUUUCAUGAUCUUUCCAGUGUAUUCCUUGACUCUCGUGCUGAGUGGUUGUUGCCAUGUUUCAUGCCUAGAACAGGCUGGAGGCAUUGCUUGUGCUCACUGAUAGAUCUUCUCGAGAAUUCUGUGAGCAAGUACAGAUCUCACAUUGAAGAUAUUCUUGAAAAAAUGGCCAGAGAAAACGAGAGCCCUAAGCAGGAUAGUGAGAAACCUUGUUGUGUUUUGGCAUCAGAGCCUCCUGCAGCAGAGCAAGAAAAGAAUCCACGUUAUCCUUUACAUUCCAGUCUCAAGUCCAAAGAUCAUCUUACUGUACCUCUCCCGGUGUUCCGGAAGCCAGUACAGAACAUGCCUGAAGAAGGGGAAAAAGAAUACCACAAGGGGGGAUGGUGUGAUUCUGAAGCACUGAAGGAAGCACUCCGAGUACUGCCUUUCAAAGGUUAUUUGAAAGAUAGUUUCAACAAACUCUCGGGGGAUUUGUGCGAUUGCAUUGAGACACUGUACCAUGAUCAUCCAAGAAAUUCAGAAACAAGACGCAGUUUUCAGUGUAUGCUAGAAGUGGUUGAGUUGAUCAAAAUUCUUCCUGCUUUAAUAAACUGUGACAAGGAUAAUAGUGAUAUAUGGUCUGAUGAACUUCUUGAGAGAAAGAUACAAGAUGGUGGUGACCCUACUUUGUGGCGUGAGGAGCUCACCUGUGUGCAGACUAACACAUGCAAUAAAUCUAAGUUCAGGUUGGCCAGAUCCCUGUGUGUGCAAGAACUAAGAUAUCUUGUUGAUAACCUGGACCUUCCAAAUUGUUACAGCAUAAAAGAAAUUCAAUUCUACCUGUUGCAAAGAGUGAAAUGCAUUCUCUGUACAGUUUCCAGCUCAUUCAGGUUGUACAAUGUGCCCAUGGACAAUUCUCCUUCAGAUAUAUGCUGGUUGGUCAAGAAGUCUGAAAAGUUGACUCUUGACUUGCUGAUUGUCGAUGAGGCUGCACAGCUUAAAGAGUGUGAAACCUUAAUUCCUUUGCAGCUGCCAGGCAUAAGGCAGGCUGUUUUUAUCGGAGACGAAUAUCAGUUACCUGCUCUGGUGAAAAGCAAAAUAUCUGACAAUGCUAAAUUUGGGCGAAGUGUUUUUGAGAGGUUAAGUAUGCUGGGUUAUUGUAAGCACCUUCUCAAUGUGCAAUACAGGAUGCAUCCAAAAAUAAGCAAGUUUCCAGUUGUUACAUUUUAUGAUGGCAAGAUAUCUGAUGGUCCCAAUGUCACUACUAAGAGCUAUGAGAAGAGGUUUUUAGCAAGCAAAAUCUUUGGGUCAUACUCAUUCAUAAAUGUAGAUGGAGGACAUGAAACAACUGAGAAGCACGGGCAUGGCUGGAAAAACACAAUUGAAGCUGCUGCAGUUUCGAGGAUAGUGCAGAGGUUGUUCAAAGAGUCAUUCUCUACAGGAAUCAAAAUCUCCGUUGGUGUUGUGUCCCCAUAUAAUGGUCAAGUUAGAGAAAUCUCUGAGAAACUUGGGAAAUCCUACGAUAGGUACGACGGUUUCUCGGUGAAAGUGAAAUCUGUGGAUGGUUUCCAAGGUGCGGAGGAAGAUAUCAUUAUCAUAUCAACAGUGAGGAGCAAUAAAGCUGGUUCUGUUGGAUUUCUCACAAACAUGCAGCGGACCAAUGUGGCUCUCACGAGAGCUAAGCACUGUUUAUGGAUAGUAGGAAAUGGGACGACUUUAUCCAACAGCAAGUCUGUUUGGCAGAAGAUAGUCAAAGAUGCGCAAGACCGGGAUUGCUAUUUUGAUGCCGAUGAGGACAAAGAUUUGUCAAAUGCAGUAUUCAAGGCUGUCAUCGAGCUCGACGAUGCUGAUAAUCUAGUGGAAAAAAUGGACUCGCUUGAUAUAGGCAAGCCAAGGUCUCAGAAAUCAAGGUCCAAAUACCGUUCAUGA